GUUUACGAACGGAACGGGAAGUUGUUUCCUGUUUCGAAACAGUGAAUCAGCCUUAUAUAGUCUGUAGGAAUCGACAUUUCAGUGAUCUCACUGCAGUGAUGAAGUGAAUAGUUUAGUGUUGGUUAUCUCUAGCAGGAUAAACUGGAUCAGCAGGGACACAUUGGAGUGGUGGGUGGAUAGAAUAUCCUGCGAGAGCAAUAUCUGGCCAAUUCUUGACCAACUAAGAAAGUGUGAACUGCAGCAGCAAUACCAUCGCAAGGAUGUCCUACAUUGGAAACGCUUCGGACGUCGAGCAGGAAAAAAACCUGACCGAAUACCGACGGCAGCGGAGCUCCAGCAAUCUCAUCCCAUCCGGAUCGAAGUCGGUAGGCAGUCCGAAGCUGUCCGAUGUGCUGUGGAACGAUAAACGGGCCAACCAGGGAAAUCAAAGUGACGACGAUGACUCCGAAGUUUCGGACAGUGAAAACUUCCUGGCCAAGGGGGCCUUCUUGCUGACGCCGUCGCACGAGCUAUCCAUGGAUCGGGCGGCCUUAAUCUGCGAGAAGCUCAACUUCAAAGGUUGUUUUAGUCUAACGAAAACGGCCACUGGAAUAUUGUUCAAAUUUUCUAAUCCAGAAGACUACCAGGCCGUGUUCAAGAAGGGUUUCCACAAGGUGACCGGGGCGCGCUUCUACAAAAAGGUGGCCAUCCCCUGUCGACCGCAGAAAACGUUCAUGCUGUACGUGUUCGACGUGCCCGAUGAUCUGCCGGUCGAGGACAUUCGCCACUCGUUGUACCGGUUCAACUCGGUCGUCGAAGUGGUGCGGCUGAUUGUGCAGUAUCAGAAGCCUUCGAAUCAACAGGAGGGCGAUCAGAUGACAUCUGGGACGGCCACCCCAAAACCUCAGGUACCUAAGCCGGUCACAGCGAAACCGAUCGACGAACUGGACGUGGCACUGCAGCGUGAGGCUCCGCCGCCACCAAUACGAAUCACUCUAGCCUCUAUCGACGAGUAUCACCAUCUGCUCCAGAACGGGCUGGACUUUUACGGGGCCACAUUCUUCCCGACGGAAUCGACAUUGCCGGCUCACGCAACCAAAAUUGCUACCAAAAAAGGAAGUCGCAUGGUCGAUGGCAGCAUACCGGGGCGUGUUCGCGAAUUGCUCCCAGUCUUUGAUGCGGCCGGUUUCAGCAAGAUUCCACCGCCGGCUUCCAAGACCAUCAAGCCGCGCCUCUAAGAGACACAAUCAUUGUGUAAUUUCCUUCUCGGAACAGAAUACUAUAUUUGGACAGAUCGAACUCAAUGCUCCCACUAUUAUUCUCUGCUAUGGAUUACUUGAAACAUCAAAUGUAUGAAUCUCUCUCGACGUUAAGCGUUGAAAAGUGCGCAAAAUGCGCCGUUGCAUGCUAGACAGUAGAAUAUCGGCGAAUUAAGCGCCAUUACCAUUAGUGACGAACGUUUCGAAGCCGCCAUGUUACGCUCGAUUAGCUUUACAGAUUCCUCUCUUCUAACGAUCAUUCCUCAAUGUUGUAUCCAAUGAAGUGCGACACAACCAACAACUAAAAUUAUAUUCUCAAUACCGAUAGGUUUUGGAUUUUUAAUGACACUCAAAUAAUCAUAGAAGAGAAGCACCCAAGAUUACUAAUGCGUUUUUAUCAUUUAUAUUAAAACAUUAAAAAAAUAUUUCCAAUAAGCAAUCAACAGUUCCUCUUUCGUACGUGUGUGAAUGAUAAUGUAUCGCUUAUAGACAAAGAAUGAUGAGAUCGUAUUUUUUUUAAACUAGUUUUACAGCUAUAGCGAGUUAUAACUUUUUUUUAUCAAUUGCAUUAUCCUUAUUAUCAACAACUAGUAGAGUUUUACAGUCGAUAAAUGUAUUUAUAGGAUAUAAGAUGCCUGAUAAAGUCACAAAAAUAAAACUCCUUCAACACAGUUUAUUGUCUAGUAGGUUCUAUUAAGAUUGCACAUUGUAGUUUAUUAUGAACAAUACAUAUAGUUAAUUAUACAUUAAUAAUAACAUCUUAGAAUCAAACAACAAAACUUGAUCAUAACGAAUGCUGAUGUGCUGAUGACGACAACUGAAAACUUCUUCUCUCGAUGU